UGCUCGACUGUGUUGGUCAAUUCGUUUAAGUCUUAAGUUUAACUGUCUAAAGGCUGUAGCGUCGUCUAGAAGAGAUUUUAAAGAGACUUAAGACGUAAGACUUAAGAAAUUAAUCAAUUACAAUCGAAUAUUCUCUUAAUACUUGACUGAUUGGUCAAUUUCUUAAGUCUUACGCCUUAAGGCCCGGUUCCCAACUCGCUUUAACCGAAGUUUAACUCGUUAAACCUGGCUUAAGGAAAAUGUUGUGUUCCAUAAUUGCUUUAAACUGCGGUUAACGUUAAUUUCUUGCGGUUAAAGUUAAACGCUCAAUUUUGGGCGUUUAAUGAAGAUAAACGAAGUUUACUACUGCAGGGCCAAUUUCAGUGUCAAAAUUUCUUAUCAUCGAGAACUACAGUAUAAUAAAUACAUAUUAUCUUCAUCUGAAGAUGAAUAUUUUGAAAAUGUAAUUUAUCGACGCCCAAAAAUUAUAAGAAGACGACCUUCAUACUUAGAAGAAUUUGAUGACGUCGAUUUUCAUGCACGAUUUCGUUUAUCAAAGAACUCUGUUAUUACAGUGCUAGCAGAAAUUGAGCAGGAAAUUUCUCAUAAAACAGAACUAAACAAUGCAAUAUCUCCAAUAGACCAGCUUCUUUUGACUCUAAGAUUUUAUGCAACUGGAAGUCAUUUCUUAUCAGCAGCAGAUUUUUCUGGAGUGAGUAAAACAAGUUCUCACAGAAUUAUUCAUCACGUGACUGCUGCUAUUGUUCGUCUUCGACCAAGAUAUAUAAAAUUUCCUAUGCUUGCUGAUGAAAUAAAAAGAGAACAGAUACAGUUUUUUAAUAUUGCACGAUUUCCAAGAGUAAUAGGUUGCAUAGAUUGCACUCAUAUAAAAAUACAGUCAUUUGGUGGAAAUAACGUUGAAUAUUUUAGGAAUAGAAAAGGAUAUUUUUCUAUAAAUGUUCAAGCAAUUUGCAAUGCAAAUUUAGAGAUAACUGAUCUUGUGUCUCGUUGGCAAGGAUCAGUGCACGAUGCUACAAUAUUUAAUAAUUCCAGAAUACGUGCCUUAUUUGAAGCUGGAACGUUUCCUUAUAGAAUUGUGCAAGAAUUUCCUUAUUUUCUAAAAAAAAUGAUUCAUUGUCAGCUUCAUUUGUAUUGCUGUUUGUGAUCUGCAAUUCUUCACUCUUCUUAGAUUUCAGUGUGUCUAGUGUCCAU